AUGGCGGGAGGAGGAGGAGGAAGAUCGUUGGAGCAAACGCCGACGUGGGCGGUUGCCCUAGUUUGUUUUGCAUUGGUUGCCAUUUCCAUUGUAAUAGAGCUCAUCAUCCAUCUUAUUGGCAAGUGGUUGAAGUCUAAACAUAAAAGAGCAUUAUAUGAAGCACUUGAGAAGAUAAAAGCAGAGUUAAUGUUGUUGGGAUUUAUAUCCUUACUAUUAACAGUAGGGCAAGAUCCAAUUUCAAAUAUUUGUGUAUCUGAAAAAAUUGCAAGUACGUGGCAUCCAUGUAGUAAACAAAAAGAAGCUGAAAUGAACAAAUAUAUUUCCGGUGACUUAGAGGGUCAUCGCCGGCGACUUUUCACGGCUGACGAUGGCGGAGUCCGGCGAGUUUUGGCGGCUGCCGGAACUGACAAAUGUGCAGACAAGGGAAAAGUAGCAUUUGUGUCUGCUGAUGGUAUUCAUCAAUUACAUAUUUUCAUUUUUGUGCUGGCUAUUUUUCAUGUAUUUUAUUGUGUUACCACAUUGGCAUUGGGAAGAGCUAAGAUGAGUCGUUGGAAGAUAUGGGAAAAGGAAACAAGAACAGCUGAGUACCAAUUUUCUCAUGAUCCAGAGAGAUUUCGAUUUGCUAGAGAUACAUCAUUUGGAAGAAGACAUUUGAGUUUUUGGACUAAAAAUUCAGUUCUUCUAUGGAUUGUUUGUUUCUUCAGGCAAUUUGUAAGAUCUGUUCCAAAAGUUGAUUAUUUGACCCUACGACAUGGUUUUAUCACGAUUAAGAGGUCAUUAGAAGAAGACUUCAAAGUAGUUGUUAGCAUAAGUCCACCAAUUUGGUUCCUUGCUGUAUUAUUCCUACUCUUCAAUACUCAUGGCUGGUAUUCUUAUCUGUGGCUACCGUUCAUUCCGUUACUUGUGAUAUUAUUAGUAGGGACUAAACUACAAGUGAUUAUAACAAAAAUGGGAUUAAGAAUUCAAGAAAGGGGAGAAGUAGUGAAAGGGGUACCUGUGGUUCAACCUGGAGAUGAUUUAUUUUGGUUUAAUCGUCCUCGUCUACUACUUUUUUUAAUUAAUUUUGUUCUUUUUCAGAAUGCUUUUCAAUUGGCUUUCUUUGCUUGGACUUGGUAUGAAUUUGGGCUGAAAUCUUGUUUCCAUGACCAAACUGAGGACAUCGUAAUUAGAAUGACAAUGGGGGUUCUUAUUCAGAUUCUUUGCAGCUAUGUUACUCUUCCAUUAUAUGCUCUUGUAACACAGAUGGGAUCAACAAUGAAACCAACAAUCUUCAAUGAAAGAGUAGCAAUGGCAUUGAGAAAAUGGCACCAUAGUGCCAAAAAACACAUCAAAGAGAUCAACAAGCAACACUCAAAUCCAACAACACCAAUGUCAAGUAGGCCACCAACUCCCUCUCACGGCAUGUCACCCGUCCAUCUCCUACGCGGUAUCAGGACGAGUGACAUGGACGUGGGUCCACGAAGAUCGAGUUAUAAUAAUAUAGACCAUUGGGAUAUUGAGGGCUCACCAUCUCCAAAUCGUCACGACUCUGAAGUUCACGAGCCUAAUUUGUCAGAAAUUGAGGCUCGUGAACAAUACGAGAUUAAUAUUGCUCGUUCAAGGGAUUUUUCUUUUGAUAAAAGAACGACUAGUGUAUAAUUAAAUGUUAGAAUUCAUAUCAUGAGUGGCAAAGUCACUUUCGUCGAAAGGAAGUUUAUUGACAUCUCUUUAUUGGAGAAUUAUACUUCGUUGAUAGUUUAAUUUUUCUUCUUCUUUUAUGUAUGUAUAUUGUAUGUUUAAUUUUUCGUUAAUUAUUUUAUGUGUUUACUUCUA